AUGUCUGACGCUAAGGUUGAAACCCACGAGUUCACAGCUGAGAUCUCUCAGUUGAUGUCUUUGAUCAUCAACACUGUGUACUCCAACAAAGAAAUCUUCUUAAGAGAAUUGAUCUCCAAUGCUUCUGAUGCUUUGGACAAGAUCAGAUACGAGGCUUUAUCCGACCCUUCUAAAUUGGAGUCUGAGCCUGAAUUGUUUAUCAGACUCACUCCAAGACCCGAACAGAAGGUUUUGGAAAUCAGAGAUUCUGGUAUUGGUAUGACUAAGGCUGACUUGGUGAACAACUUGGGUACGAUUGCUAAGUCUGGUACCAAGGCUUUCAUGGAGGCAUUGUCCGCUGGUGCCGAUGUUUCCAUGAUUGGUCAAUUUGGUGUCGGUUUCUACUCCUUGUUCUUGGUGGCUGACCAUGUUCAAGUCAUCUCCAAGCACAACGACGAUGAGCAAUACAUCUGGGAAUCUAAUGCCGGUGGUAAAUUUACUGUCACUUUGGAUGAGGUCAACGAGAAAAUCGGCCGUGGUACUGUCUUGAGAUUGUUCUUGAAGGAGGACCAAUUGGAGUACUUGGAGGAGAAGAGAAUUAAGGAGGUUGUCAAGAGACACUCUGAGUUCGUUUCUUACCCAAUUCAAUUGGUUGUCACCAAGGAAGUUGAGAAGGAAGUCCCAUCCGAAGAAGAAGAAAAGAAGGAAGAAGAGGGCGAAGACAAGAAGCCCAAGUUGGAGGAAGUUGACGAUGAAGACAAGAAGAAGGAGACCAAGAAAAUCACCGAAAAGGUUACCGAGACCGAAGAGUUGAACAAGACUAAGCCUUUGUGGACUCGUAACCCUUCAGAUGUUACUCAAGACGAGUACAAUGCUUUCUACAAGUCUAUUUCCAACGACUGGGAAGACCCAUUGGCUGUCAAGCACUUUUCUGUUGAAGGUCAAUUAGAAUUCAGAGCUAUCUUGUUCGUUCCAAAGAGAGCUCCAUUCGAUGCUUUCGAGUCUAAGAAGAAGAAGAACAACAUCAAGUUGUACGUUCGUCGUGUUUUCAUCACCGACGAUGCUGAGGAAUUGAUCCCAGAAUGGUUGAGUUUCGUCAAGGGUGUUGUCGACUCCGAGGACUUGCCAUUGAACUUGUCCAGAGAAAUGUUGCAACAAAACAAGAUCUUGAAGGUCAUCAGAAAGAACAUCGUGAAGAAGUUGAUCGAAACUUUUAACGAGAUUGCCGAAGACCAAGAACAAUUUGACAAGUUCUACUCUGCGUUCUCCAAGAACAUCAAGUUGGGUAUCCACGAAGACCAACAAAACAGAUCAGCCUUGGCUAAGUUGUUGAGAUACAACUCCACCAAGUCUUCUGAAGAAACUACUUCUUUGUCCGAUUACGUUACUCGUAUGCCAGAGCACCAGAAGAACAUCUACUACAUUACUGGUGAGUCUAUCAAGGCUGUUGAGAAGUCUCCAUUCUUGGACGCUUUGAAGGCUAAGGGAUUCGAAGUUUUGUUCUUGGUUGACCCAAUUGAUGAGUAUGCCAUGACCCAAUUGAAGGAGUUCGAGGACAAGAAGUUGGUUGACAUCACCAAGGACUUCGAAUUGGAAGAAUCUGAAGAAGAAAAGGCCGAGAGAGAAAAGGAAGUCAAGGAGUUUGAGCCAUUGACCAAGGCUUUGAAGGACAUUUUGGGUGACCAAGUUGAAAAGGUUGUUGUGUCCCACAAGUUGGUUGAUGCUCCUGCUGCUAUCAGAACUGGCCAAUUCGGCUGGUCCGCUAACAUGGAGAGAAUCAUGAAGGCUCAAGCUUUGAGAGACACCACCAUGUCCUCUUACAUGUCGUCCAAGAAGACCUUUGAAAUUUCUCCAAAGUCUUCUAUCAUCAAGGAGUUGAAGAAGAAGGUUGACGCCGACGGAGCUGAAGACAAGACCGUUAAGGACUUGACUACUUUGUUGUACGAAACUGCUUUGUUGACUUCUGGUUUCACUUUGGAAGAGCCAUCGUCGUUUGCCGGUAGAAUCAACAGGUUGAUCUCCUUGGGUUUGAACAUCGACGAAGACGAAGAACCUGAGGCAGAAAUCGGUACUUCCACCAGCACAACUGAGCCAGCAGCUGAGUCUGCUAUGGAGGAAGUUGAUUAA